UGAGGACGUAGACGCCGAUCUUAUAAAGUGCAAGGUGACAGAUUGUCCCGUCCUACAUUUACUGACUGCCGCUGUGUGCGAAAGCUUCUAAUCCCGGACCCUCCGAAAGCCGUAUAAAACCGCUCCCAGCCAUGUACGCCUGCGCCAAAUUCGUCACUUCUCCUGCUGUGCUGCGUGGGGGGUCCAGAGUCCUCGCCCGGCCAGCCUCAGUCUCCCUCUUCAACAGACCUGAAACCACAGUGGAGCAGCAGGCCCUGCUGCCAGUCAGCCAGUCUGCCCUCCUAAGCCGGUCCUUCCAGACCAGCGCCGUCUCCCGGGACAUCGACACCGCCGCCAAGUUCAUUGGUGCCGGUGCUGCCACAGUGGGUGUGGCCGGCUCAGGGGCUGGAAUCGGAACCGUGUUCGGCAGCCUCAUCAUCGGCUACGCCAGGAACCCCUCCCUGAAGCAGCAGCUGUUCUCCUACGCUAUCCUGGGUUUUGCUCUGUCCGAGGCUAUGGGUCUCUUCUGUCUGAUGGUGGCGUUCCUCAUCCUCUUUGCCAUGUAAAACUGCUCCAUCAAAGAACCCCCUCGCCUCGUCCCGGUCUACUUUUCCUUCCCUUCUCUCUGCCUCUUCCAUCUGGGGGGGAGGAGAUGUUCCAGAAUGGUAACUGAAUGAGCGGAUGGGCCAUUCCAAAAGGAAAUAUAUAUAAAUAAAUGGAAAAAUAAUCUCAUCUGAGGUUAACAAACCUCCAAACGUACAUUUUUAUUGUUCCUAUGCUUAUUUUUGUUUUUCAAAAGUUUCAUGUAAGGCCUCACUUCGGUUGAAAUCUGUCCAAAAUAAAUGGUUGGGAUAACUAAAA